GUAAGGAAAAAAAAAAAAGGAAGAAAAAAGUCUCUCUGAAGGGAGGACACCAUUAAUAUACACCCCUCCACCCUCCAAUCCGUACUUGGUUAAAUUCUCCAUAUUUGGUUUCUCUUUUUUUAAGCUUAGGAAGGAACUGAGAAAAAUGGAGGAAAAUCUUCCUCCAGGAUUCAGGUUCCAUCCAACAGAUGAAGAACUCAUAACAUAUUAUCUGUCAAACAAGGUUUCUGAUUUUGGGUUCUCAUCAAGGGCUAUUGCUGAUGUUGAUCUCAACAAGUGUGAACCUUGGGACCUCCCAGCUAAAGCCUCCAUGGGAGAAAAAGAAUGGUAUUUCUUCAGCAUGAGAGACCGAAAGUACCCAACUGGAAUGAGAACUAAUCGGGCAACGGAAGCUGGAUACUGGAAAACCACCGGAAAAGACAAGGAGAUAUUUCGCGGUGGAAUUUUGGUAGGGAUGAAGAAAACCCUUGUGUUCUACAGAGGUAGAGCUCCCAAGGGUGAGAAAACCAAUUGGGUUAUGCAUGAAUAUCGCUUAGAAACCAAGCUAGCUUUCAGAACUUCAAAGGAAGAAUGGGUAGUUUGCAGAGUUUUUCAGAAGAGUGCAACGGUGAAGAAGCUCCACCAAACACCAUCCUCACCUCAAUCAUUAGGAUCACCUUGUGAUACCAACACCAUGGCAAGUGAAUUGGGAGACAUCGAAUACCCUAAUUUCGGCGCAGCCGCGGCCUUCGCGGCCGCCACCUCGGUCAACAACGCCGCCGCCAUGAUCUUGAACAACAACAUAUCUCCACAACAUAACUUCAAUGAUCAAGUUCUUAACUGGAAUGCCAUCAGAGAAGCCGCAGCUGCAAGCUAUUCUCUUCCACCACUCACUUCGUGGCCUUCCACUGCAAAUUUGCUAAGUACGAGUACUAACCUUGCAAUGAACAGUACCACACCUGUGCUCUUAAGGGCUUUGCAGCUCAGGAAUCUCCAGCCAAGAGAAGGGAAUAUUACAACACCAAAUGAUUACUCUUUUAUGACACAAGGGAUGAUCUCGAGCUCGAACCAACAAUUAGGAGGGAAUGAUUUAAUUAGUUCGAAUUUCGGAGCCGGGUCUUCUUCAGCUUCUUCAUCUAGGGUUUUAGAUCAUCAUGGGGUACAACAACAACAACAACAGCAACAGCCACAAGUGGAGCAACCAUUUAAUUUGGACUCCAACAUUUGGUGAUGAUAUGAUGAUGAUCAGGUGCCGAUUUAUUUACCAAAAAAAGUGACGUACGUAACUGAAAAAAUUGUGAAUUAACUGCACUUUAAAUUAAACUAAUAUGUUCCUCUAGUUUUACCCUCCAGAAAAAAGAAUGUAGUCCCAACUCCCAAUGAUACCAAAGAAAUGCAGGAGAUCCUAGGUCAAAUAAAAGUACUACUGGAUCCAUAUGGACAAAUGUUAAUAAUAAUGUAGAUAUAGUUUUCAUCAUUUAGUGUACUUUUGUUCGUAAAUAGGUCUAGCUUCGUUAUAAUUUCAAGCAUCUCUCUUGUAAACCACAAUGUAAGAACGUAAAAAAUUGACUUCGAUCCGAAACUCGUCGACAACAUUAUGCAUUAAUACAAAGUUCUCUUUGUUCCUCACUUUCAUGGUCGUGGUCUUUCCCUUAGAUAUGUACGUUUCUAAUUUGCCACCUUUUUGGAAGCA